CGUUUCAUCAACCUUCGAUAAAUUAUCGAAAAAUUGCUUGAAAACCUUCUCGAAAAGGUUGAAAAUAGUUGAAAAGUGUGUCCAAAUUCAAGUGCCGUUGAAAAAUGGUCUAUAUUUCGGUCGAAAUGGUGCCGUUCAUCGUGUACGUGUAGGAGACGAGCCAUCAUAAACCUCGGGAAGGGAAGAUCCUGGUGCUCUUGCUGUUGCUGUUGAAAUACCUACAUAGGAAUGUUUUGCUGGAUCUAAUUCGACGCAAAAUGAUUUGAAUUCCUGAUUAAAUUGCUGGUGGCUCUCAGGAUGGGGUGUAUCAACUCGAAAAAAGAUAUCAACGAUGUGGAUCCCAACAUAUUCUAUGUAAUCAACAUCGACGAUGACGGCACCGCUUUGUGGAGUGGCCAACUGGAAGUGUCACGAACGGAGCUAACGUUGUACCGGAAAGGGAAGGAUCCAACGACGUGGCCACUAAAGUGUUUACGCAGGUAUGGCUUUAAUGUGGAUCAGUUUAGUUUCGAAGCAGGACGGAGGUGUACGACGGGGGAAGGAAUCUAUGCCUUCAAGUGUAGACGAGCGGAAACGCUAUUCUACACGGUACAGUCCUACAUUCAGGGGCGGAUAUUCAGCGAUGAGACGACAAACCCGAAUGAUCCACAUCCGAUUCCGAUGGCCUCGACUGGUCCAUCAGUAGCCGGUAGGAGUGUUUCACAGAAUAAUACGGCGACCAGAAGUGGGCAGCCGGGUGGAACCGGAACGGGCAGUUAUGUAGUAAACCGUGCCGGAAUGGCCACUAGUCAAUCCCUAAGUCCCAACGGAACUAUCCAUUCGAAUUCGAACCAAAGUCGAAGCACGGAUACUCUUCCAAUAGAGGCAAAUUAUUUGGAACCAACUCCUAACAGACCUUGUGGGCAGCCGGAAACGAUAACGACGCGUUUUCAACAGGGUUUGCGAUUAAGCUCUGUCAGUAGUGGUCCUGUUAGUCCUGAUGUAACAUCACCGGGAUCGCCCAAUAGUGUUAGUAACAUAUUAGAGGUAACAACACUGAAUCCUUUGCCAUCGAAUAGUGUAGUAGGCAGUACUCAUCACGGGGUUAGUAAUUUAUAUCAGGAAUUUCCGGUGAAAGAAGCUGGCCACGGUGUUAGCUUGGCAAGUAUCAGUGCUGUGAAUCGUAUGUCCUUGGAUAUCCCACCUCAGGAAGCGGCACCAAUUGCUGACGGCGAAUCUAGUUCCUGUACUAGUAAACCCGAUCUCAACCCGCUUCCACUAGAGCUUCCGGUAACAACGCCAGAUGCUACUGAUCCCUCGCGAAUGUAUAUGAAUGUGAACAUUGCCUGCAUGCCGGAGAGUGUUUCAAAAGCAAAAACGAAACCAGCCAGUAAAAGUAAUUCUAGUCUAAUUUCUAUCAACAACAAUACCGGUUCUUUCGAUGAGAACCAGUAUCAAAACGUGAAAACACCAACCUCGAUCGGUCCGAACAUGUUUGCUCAUUUGCGGAUGAACUCGAGCUAUUCCAUAGAUCCAACGCAACCGUUAUACGAGAACCUGGAACCUGGAGAGCUUAAAUCUGUAUUACUACGAGGUCGUUACUCAAAGCCGGAUAUUUUUGCCAACGUGGAUCUUCCGCUAGACAAUCCCGAGCCUUGCACACCGAACGCUGCCAGAGGGGAAGUUAACUACAUCGUACUGGAUCUGGACAAGUCGCAAAACACGUCUACGGCAACGACGGUCACCUCACCGACGACGGGUGGCAGUGCUUUGAUGACUGCCAACAAUAACAAUAAUCCGGCGGCUGUGAAUCUAAACAAUCCGAACGAUUCCUCCAUCGUAGAAAGGGGACCAUUGUCGCAGGGUGGCCCUAAUGUAACCGGUGGCGCUGCUCUGCUACCACCGGAGAGUCCAAAGAAGGCAUCCCUCGGUUAUGCCACGAUCGAUUUCAACAAGACAUUUGCCCUGAGCAACUCGAUCACACCGUCAUCGGAGCUGGACAGCGAAGGAUCACGAAAGACACGACACAACUCCACCGUUACGCCAUUGAUCCGGCAAAGCAACUCGGUCAGCGAUUAGGACGGAGGCUGGUAAGAUGGCAGCUUAUUUUUAUUUUGGUUUGUACAGUUGUAGUAGGGCUAUUUCUCUAGUUUUUAAAUUUUGAAACGUCGUUUGCUGCUACAGGCCUGUUUUCGGUCCGUUUAGAUUGAUAAGCCAGGUGGAUAGUGAUUUGGUUGGGAACCGAACUAUAGUUUUACAAAAAAAAAACGUGUUGUCUAUAUUCACAUCCCUAUUUCCAAUUUCAAUCGAAACGGAUUUCUCAUACAAAUUUUUGUUUGUAUGGAACAUCCGUUUCGAUAAAAAAAAUUAAUAGGGGUGUCUGUUAACGUCUAUGUCAUUUGAUAUUGAUAGACAAGUCAUGAUCUGUCGAGGAAAUUUCGGAGAAAUUUCGGGAGACUAAGGAAGGAUGUGCGAAAUAUAUUACUUGGAAGCUUCACAAGAAGUUUUAUAGACUUGUAAGAUCAGUAAACUCUUCGUAGAAUAGACGUUUAAUUUCCGUACCCUGGACUUUCUCUAGAAGUCCUUCAAACAUUCGCUAGGAGUUCUCUGCGCUUCUCCUAUAAUUCCUCCUAAUUACUCUUAGAAAUUCGGUAAAGUUCUACAAAAUCUAUGAAGAUCAUCCCUAAGAAAGGAACAUUUUUGAAUUUAACGCCUUUGAGGCUCACCUCAAAGUCAACCAAACUUCCUGUUUCAAUUACUCCGAUUUGAUAUUUUUUAUCAAUUCGUUUAUUUGUUUAGGCUCAAAUGUUUAUAAAACUCUACGGAGUCGAUUAACGCAAAGAUUUUUUAGGAAACAAAUUGAGGGUCUUUUCCCUUUCUGUAUACUUUCUCCCGCAGCCGCAACUUUCUUCACUGCGUUGUUGAUGUUUCUACAGCUCCUUUGUAAUUAAGUACGUUGCGUCUUUCCGGUAGUCGAAAAACGGUCGCUGCUGUUCCUGGCUUCCGCUCACUUGUUAUCCCUUUCCUGUUUUCUCCGACCUACGGGGUCAUCACUUCUUCACAUCCGGUCACCACACCUGCGUACAAACUACUAGUCAAACUGAUACUAGACCGAUAUUCGGCCUGGUCGUGAUUCCUUCAUCCUGUUUUCGUUCUUCGUCCUAUUGUUACUUCUCUAGCUCUGGUUCCCUUGAUAGAACAUAUUACAUAGUAAGAAUGAUACAUGUGUGUAAAGUGGUUCUGGUCGCACGGUGGUCCAUCGGGCUAGCAAGUCGGUCUGUAAUCUGACUCUUUGCUUACGUUCUUAACUUGGUGCGAUGCACUUUGUGGGGUGUCAAUGAUUUAUCGAUUGGCACCAAGAAGUGUAUUGCAAACAUAUGUUGGAAGAAUUGAAACGUGGGAAAAGGCUGUCGCACCACACCAGCAUUGUCUGGAUCUAGAUGAAUAUUUGCGUUAAUAUCCGCAAAUAGGCCCUCUACCUCGUGAUAGUAGUCAUCGAGGGUUUUGUCCUUUUGUCUGAUGUAAGGUAUUUUUCCUGUAAGCGUGGAUAGAUCUCGCUUGUCGCCGAAAUACGAUUUUAACGUUUCUUUGAUGUCUACCCACACUAGAGGAGUGUGGUUUUUUAGAAGAGCUUUGUUAGCUCUAUCAGUAAUUUUGUUUCUAAUUUGGCUUAGCCAAAUUUUAUAUGGCUCUGUAUGAUGAACGUUGACAUAGAGUGUUAAUACUUUGUCUACCGAAUCUAGCCACGUGGCCAAUAAUUCAGCGUCAUCGUGUCAGGUAUCUGAUUAUCUUUUAUACAACGGUCAAUCACACUAUGCUGACGCCUUUGUCCUUGUAGAUUAGUAAUUUGUGCAUCUCUACUCUGCAUUUCGCGCAUCAAAUCCUGCAUCUGCUGUUGCAGAGCAUUAAUUUGCUGCGAUGCAAAAUUCUGCUCACGUAAUUGAGCUAUUUGAGCAUCUCGCUCAUGAAGUUGCCGGGCAGCUUCCUCAAGCCGCUGCUGCAACGCAAUUUAAUGAUUCAUUUUUCUGUUCUUAUCGAACUUUUGCUGCCUGCUCAUACAAAAUU